AUGAAGAUGUUAAGCACUUUGAUAUUACUCAAGUUAAAGGUUACUGGAGGCAGAAAUUCUCAGAUACAUUAUACCCCUUCUGACGCAAAAUCUAAUGGAAGUUCUCCGCAAUCUGAUGACAAACUGGAAGAAGAGGACCUCCAGUUUACAACCGGAAUUAGACCUAAGAAGAGGCUGCGCUGGGCAAAAGUUGAUGGUGAAGGAGCUAUUGAAACGGGAUGUCUGAAUGAUAGUGGAAAUGAAACUAAAAGAAAGGUUGGAAACAAUUCCUUAAGACCUGUUGGCUCCACAGCCAGCAAAGAGGCAAAAGAAAACGCUUUACAAUACUUAGCAGUAGGUUCUCAGGAAUGGGUUUCAGCUUCCAGAAUUGCAGCGCGUGACCACUUGGAUCUCCGCUUGAAUGGACGGACUACAAUUCGACCUGCUCCUCAGUCUAGUCUGUGCAAAUUUUCUGGGGUGGUUAAUGUUGGUUCUAUUGUGGAUGUCUGGAGGCAUGAUGGUUGGUGGGAAGGCAUCGUUGUUCAGAAGGAGUCUGAAGCUACGUGUCAUGUUUAUUUCCCAGGGGAGAAGUUUGUAUUAAUAUUGGGAUCUGGUGAGUUAAGGCGGGCUCAGGAAUGGACAGGGAGUGGGUGGGUGCGAGUAAGGGAAAGGCCUGACCUUGUAAGUUCUAUAUUAUCCAGCUUAAAAACAUCACAAGAUCCCAGCAAAUCUGCUGCAGCCGCAUGUGCCGGAGAUGCUGUGCUUUCAAAGCAAAGGGUGAAUAAUACUAGCCUGAAUCCUGAAAGUGAUAAAUCAAGAAAGCCGGAGCUGAUUCCAGACCUUUCAAAGGAUGAUCUUCUUUCUCAGUUAAGAUGGAAGUCAUCUAGGAAGAGGGGCCGCAGCAGCAGCAGCGGAUCAGGUCGAAACAACUGCAGAAAGUCCCCGGAUUCCUCAGAUCCCCAUGCUUCGGACAGUUAUAUGAUCGCAGCAUCCUUGAAAGUGGUUGAUCAUGAUGACUGCAAAUACGGCAGGGGCGAUCAAGCCAUUUUCAGCUCUUCAGUGGUGCCCUCUUUAACUAACUUGGUCAUGUGUAGGUGA